AUGCGUACGGCUGCCCUCCCCGCCCGUGCUCUGCGCGCUGCUGCCCAGCGUCGUGCAUUCUCGUCGCGCUCGCUCAUCCCCAACGAGCCUCUCAAGCCCCAGGUGCUUACCUCUGCUGUCCCCGGUCCGGCCAGCAAGGCUGCUUCUGCUGAGAUCGACAAGAUCCAGGACUCGCGCACCCACGUCCUCUGCGCCGACUACGCCAAGUCGAGCGGCAACUACCUCGUCGACGCCGACGGAAACACCCUUCUCGAUGUGUUCGCUCAGAUUUCGUCGAUUGCCAUUGGAUACAAUGUCCCCCAGAUGAUUGAGCUCGCCAAGACCGACGACUUUAUCACUGCUGCCAUCAACCGUCCCGCUCUCGGCUCGUUCCCUCCCAAGGACUGGGCCAAGUGGCUGGAGACGGGUCUCAUGACCGUUGCGCCCAAGGGUCUCGACAACCUCGUCACGUCCCUGUGUGGUUCGAGUGCCAACGAGACUGCCUUCAAGGCUGCCUUUAUGGCCUACCGCCAGCGUGAGCGUGGCUCGCGUGACGCUGGCUUUACCGAGGAGGAGCUCGAGUCGUGCAUGCUCAACCACUCGCCCGGUACGCCCAAGCUCUCGGUCCUCUCGUUCAAGAGCGGUUUCCACGGCCGUCUCUUUGGUUCGCUUUCGGCCACCCGCUCCAAGGCUAUCCACAAGAUUGACAUUCCCGCCUUUGACUGGCCAGUCGCCCCCUUCCCCGCUCUCCAGUACCCUCUCAGCGAGAACAUCGAGGCCAACAAGGCUGAGGAGGCUCGCUGCCUCGCCGAGUACGAGGAGAUCCUCAUCGCCUCCAAGGCCACCCAGCCGGUCGCCGCCGUCAUCAUUGAGCCCAUCCUUUCGGAGGGUGGUGACCGUCACGCCUCGCCCGAGUUCUUCCGUGCCCUCCGUCUCACUGCCAAGAAGCACGGCGCAUUCUUCAUCGUCGACGAGGUCCAAACUGGUGCCGGUGCCACCGGUACUUUCUGGGCCCACGAGAAGUGGGGUCUCCAGGAGGGUGAGGAGCCCGACUUUGUCACCUUCUCCAAGAAGAUGCAGCAGGCUGGUAUCUUCCACAAGCCCGAGACCCGCCCCAACGCUCCUUACCGCAACUACAACACCUGGAUGGGUGACCCCAUGCGUACCCUCCAGGCUCGCGAGAUGAUCAAGAUUAUCCGCGACAACAACCUCGUCGAGCACACUCGCAAGACUGGUGACGUGCUUACCGCUGCCCUUGGCGACGUUCUCGGCCGUCACCAGGGUCUUGUCCUCAACCACCGCGGCCAGAACGAGGCCACUUUCCAGGCCUUUGACUUUGUCACGGCCGCUAAGCGUGAUGCCUUCGUCGCCAAGAUGCGCUCCAAGGGUGUUCAAAUGGGCGGGUGCGGCGAGGUUGCCGUCCGGCUGCGUCCGACAUUGACCUUUGGCGAGUCUCACGUUGCCAUUCUUGCGGACGCGAUUGACGCUUCGCUCAAGGAGUUGUAA